CUAGUACUGUAAUAAGCUUCAGCCAAGUCACGACUCCAGGUUCGCCUCGUUCUGCUGCUCCUGCUUCUUCUCCGGCACGGCGUCUUCCGCUGGUCGCUCCUAAGAUCCUCACACCACCCCGCCGCGCCCAGCCGCGAAGGGCAGCGGAAUGCUGCAGUGCGUCUUCCUCCUCUCCGAUUCCGGGGAGGUGAUGGUGGAGAAGCAGAUGACGGCGCACCGCGUGGACCGCGCCAUCUGCGGCUGGUUCUGGGAGUACGUUCUCGCCCACGCCGCCGGCGACCCGUCCAAGGUCUUGCAGGUUGUGGUGUCCCCAACACACUACUUGUUUCAAGUAUAUCGCAGUGGGGUGACGUUCUUGGCGUGCACCCAAGUGGAGAUGCCCCCCUUGAUGGCUAUCGAGUUUCUCUCUCGCGUGGCUGAUGUCUUGACAGAUUACCUUGGAGAUAUAAAUGAAGACACAAUCAAAGACAACUUCGUAAUUGUUUAUCAGGUUUAUAUUCUUACAUUAAUCCAGAUUCUAGAUGAAAUGAUGGACAAUGGCUUUCCACUAACUACUGAGCCAAACAUCUUGAAAGAGUUGGUUGCCCAACCAAAUAUGGUCAGCAAAAUGUUGAAUGUUAUGACUGGUAAGAGUUCUACUAUCGGUAGCAAACUUCCAGAUGCAACUGCUUCUUUUGUACCUUGGAGAACAACAAUUGUCAAGGAUGCAAGCAAUGAAGUCUAUGUUAACAUAGUUGAGGAACUAGAUGCAUGUGUGAACAGGGAAGGGGUUCUAGUGAAAUGUGAGGCAUGUGGUGAAAUUGAAGUGAAUUCAAGUCUUCCAGGGUUACCAGAGUUGACAUUGUCAUUUGCAAAUCCUACAAUUAUCAAUGAUGUGAGGUUCCACCCUUGUGUCCGAUUUAGACCCUGGGAAGCCAAUCAGAUCCUAUCAUUUGUUCCUCCUGAUGGGCAGUUCAAGCUUAUGAGUUAUAGGGUUAAGAAAUUGAAGACCACACCAAUUUACGUGAAACCACAAUUAUCAUCUGAUUCUGGGAAUUGCCGUGUUCAUGUGAUGGUGGGGAUUCGGAAUGAUCCUGGGAAACCUAUUGAUUCUAUAAUAGUGCAGUUUCAGUUGCCUCCCCUUAUUGCUUCUGCUGAUUUGACGGCAAACCACGGCACAGUCGACAUCCUUGCUGAUCAGACCUGUGUGUGGACAAUUGGGCAUAUUCCGAAAGACAAAGCACCAUCCCUCUCUGGAAAUCUACGUCUCGAGGAAGGACUCGCUCAUCUGCAUGCAUUUCCAAUAUUUCAGGUGAAAUUCAGGAUUAUGGGGGCUGCGCUGUCUGGGCUUCAAAUUGAUAAACUGGACGUGAAAAAUACACCAAGCGCACCAUACAAAGGUUUUCGAGCCCAAACUCAGGCUGGAAGGUAUGAGGUCAGGUCCUAGGUUCUCGCAGAAGCCUCAGCCACCACAUUUUGCACCCUAAUUCAACAUGGUGCCAGCCCAGAACCUUGGGGCUAUCGAAGGUAUUAGUGUCCAUCCAUGCCUAGCAUCCCUAUCAAGGUCAACAUUCGACAUGCAUACAUUUUUUCUGGUUGGGGCGACGGCGAAGAUUUCUCGUCUGUAGAUGCUUAGCAGCCCAUGUAUCAAGAUUUUGAGUUGUGCUGUAUCAACUUAGGCUAGAACAAUCAGUUAAUCUGUCGAUGUUCAGUCAUGUAACUACCGGCAGUUAGAAAAUGGGUGGUGUUUUCUUUUCUCCAGGCUUACAGCUAUUUGUAUGCAGUUGUAAUUUGAGAACAAUUGUACAAAAGGAUUAGGGUUGCAUGUAAAUCCUUCUUUUUAUAUGAAAGAUAGACAUUGUUGUUCGAAAA